GUCUAUCACUCUAGAGAAUCUGGCGAUGGUCUUUUUAAUGAGGAGGUUUAUGAUAUCACUGAAAUAGAAACGCUGAACCUAGAAGAAGACGCCGAAGAAAACGAAGAAGAGCAAAUCAAACACGAACAACAUGAAUCCGUUCUUGAGUAUCUUGUCCAUCACCAAACAAACAACGCUUUCCUGUUUGCAGAUUUCAUGCCUGUGAAAGAAGUGAUAAGAGGGUAAUGGAAGAGUUAUAAAUGGUGGUUCAAUGGAUGGUUUGUCAUCCAUAUAAUUUGUAUGGUCCUUCUUUCCGUUGCUGCUGUGUACAGGUCAAAACUUACGGGGCCUGUAUCUCGAAACAACACAGCUGACUUUGCCUUUGUUGUUACUAGAAAUGCAUUUGUCACCGGAGUUUCAAUUAUUGGUCUACUUCUAGGAUUAUCAUAUCUAGCAAUGGAGAUAUCAAGAAUACUUAUUUUACGUUUUCAAUUCCAGGCAUCUUCAAAUGCUAUGAAACGUGUUUUACGACAUUUUAGCGCACCAUAUUCAAACUUCAUUUUCAGAAUAUACUUCAUUUUAUUUUCUCUUCUGCUUAUAGUCGAUUGCGUUAUCGCUGCGAUCGAUGCCUCGGGGUCUUUGUCGGGUUAUGAAAAUUACUGCUUGAUCUUUGCUGUAAUUGUUGGUUGGUAUCUUGUGAUGUUCUUUCUGCAGACCUUUAAGGCGUUUAGUAUGUUUACUGUUUUGAUUCAGAAAGCAGUAAUAGAUAUGCUGAAAUUUGCCCUUGUUAUGGCAUUUUUCCUUGUGGCGUUUUCUGUAGCAAUGUAUAUGAUUAUGCAAGGUGCGGACACUGAUGAUGACGAUUUCAAUAACUUCAGUACAACAAUGCUAAAAAUGUUGACUAUCAUGCUCGGUAUUGGCGAGCUAGGAAUUUUGUUUCAAGCCCGACAUCCGUAUCUAGCUAUUUUUGUUUUUGUUCUGUUUGUGCUGUUGACAACAAUCCUUCUCUUGAAUGCACUGAUUGCUAUGAUGUCAAAUUCCUGCACUGAUCUAAUGAAUAAUUACGGAGGUGUGGUAGCUUCAAAGCUCCAUUGUCGUUUGCAGAAACUGUCCGUGAUUCUUUUCCUCGAAGGGUUUUUUCCACGAUGUAUCUGUAAGGAAGUUGGGGUCAAGAAGAGAAAAUAUAGAUACGAUAAUAAUGAAUGGGUUCGUAAUAGGCAGAGAAGAAUAUGGGCCAGGAGCUCAGUCCAUGACCAUGGAGGCACAGAAACCGAAAAAUCACCCGAUCCGUUACAUCUUACUCACCAGACACAGGGUAUUGUGUCUUCAAUAAUGCAGCAGUUGAAUCCAGAAAUCAAAAAAAAAAUUAAACAGGGAACCAGAAUUUAUCCAGCAACUUUCAGCACAACAACAUUUGAGCCAUCUCUUCAGCGGUCUCUGAGUACUACAAGACGAAUUGAUAUAACAAAUAUCAGUAAAAGAACGUGCGACGUGUGCCAACAAAGUGGCGUGCAGCUCGAGGAAACGGAGGCAGUAGCAGAGGAAUUUGAUGAAUAGGAAUCGUACUGAUGUUUAGAUUAAUGGCAAUUCUGUUAACCAGACAGAACAUCUGCGACGUCAUCUAAGGUGAUUUCUCCCUGGAAAUACCAGAGUAUCGUCAAACAGCAGCCUGUUAUCACUAAGCAGUGGUAUCGUAGCUGUAGUGCCUUCCUUUUAACGAUUCAUACAAAAUAUUCGUCGUAAUUCCAAUAAAACGAAUAGGGAGAACGGAUAUAUAUCUUUAUAAUUACAGUAGUUUUAGUUUUUUGUUUAUACUAACUUAUUUUAUCUGGAUUGUGAUGAAAGCUUUAAGCUUAUUUGAACCACUCUCGAGUCCGCUUCCUGGAAAACCAAGUACUGGUGUCAUAUGAGAAGUCGAAUCCACGACCCCUGGACUGAGCAGCCGACACCAUAACCACUAGACCACCGCUUCUUGUUUAUAGUUACAUGUUCAAUGUUUAAGAUGGAUAAAAACGUCGUUUACUACGUGUGUAAUGAAUUGCCAUAGCUUUUGUUACAUAACUGAAAAAUAUUCUAACUUGUGUGUUUAGUUUGUAAUUUUACUGUGUUGCUUUGUUUUAAAACAAUGACGCGUGUUAGAUUUAAUUAGAUUUCGUUAAAUUAAUUUGAAUAGAACUUUGCUAUUUUUUGCAAAUAAUACUUUGGAUAAUCCUUUCUUUUCAAAUUUGAGUUUUUGAAAUAAUCAUGAAUACUUGAUUUAUGAUGCAAAUGUGUAUUAUUAUGAUAAAAUUACCUUUAAACAUGACCUGAUAAAUCUUUUUCAAAUUUCACUAUAAGUCAGUCUGUGUACUACAUGUAAUUCAAUACAUCUGAUCAAACUUCGUUUAGCGACCGCCAGUACAUAUGAAAAUCGUCUUUAUAUAUUUAGAUACUAAUCAUUAGAUGUUCUUGUUUAUCUGCAAUCUCAUUUCUUUCACUGAGGAACCUCGAAACAAAACGAUUUCAAGUCUAAUGGGUUUUUAAAAGUUUGCAAUCAGUAUUAAAAAAACAGAAAAAGCAACUAAACUGACGAUUCGGCAAUCAAUUGUAUAAGUUUUCCUGUAUUUAAUGAUAUAUGUUUUCUCCACUGUGUCGUUUUGUCCUACUUUCCUGUUUGUUCUGCUAUGUCUAUGAGUGUGCUCGCGUGUAUGCAUACAUACAUACAUACAUAUAUGGGGAGUGUGUGUUGGUCUUGUGCGAGUUCAUAGUUUACGGUCUAGGGAGACAGACUGCGUUUUAGGAGCGUGGCACUUGCCCAAACAUCCCACCCAUUUCUUUACCACACACCAUUUUUUGCCUUUUGAAUAUAAUUCAAAUGUACUUGUUGUUGGAUUUUCGAAGCAACACCUCCGCUCUAUCUUUACACUACAGGUUCUAUUUGCUGUGGACCUCUUUCUGAUACAUGGCUCUGGACGUGUUAACUCUUCUGUGUGCUUCAAAUUAGAUAAAAAAUUUCUGCUUUUCAUUGUUAUCAAUCAUGAAAAAUUGCAUUUUAAUGUUUAUCGCCAGGUAUAAAUGCCAUGCUACGAUUUGAUUUAUAGUGACAAAUCAACCACUAAACGAUUUACUCUGAUCAUAUUUGAUAUGUUUCGUGCCCGUUCGGUUAAACGUCACAUUGGCACAGUUAUAAGUCAUAUGGUGAUUUUACAGCUUGUUCUGGUGGAGGAAUACCUCAGGUGCCACUCCGGGUAUUACAUAGUCACGGGUGAGCACUUUUGUUGAAUCAUCAACGUUCAGUAGGCCAGCUUGAUGGCUUCCUCACAUGAAGUUCUCUAUGCCCGGAACGAGGCAAGGGAUUUAAAGUCAGCGACCGCAACAACUCGGCCAAGGAAGCCCUGUUUUAAAAAUUUGCAAAUCCUUCAAGGACACCACCCAGGCGGUUAAACGUGAUAUUCACCUAUUACACUGAUAAAGAUUGUAGUCUAAUUGGUAUUUCACAAGUCUUAAUAUUAUUAUGAAGAAACGCACAACUGUUUUUUUUCCAUGGAAAUGUAAAACGGAAUGCAGAUUUAAAUUAAUUUUAUAAUUAACAUAUAAUUCACACUGACUUGAGUAUUAUAAAGACGGUUGUCUCAAACAUUUUCAGAAAAGAGAAAAAAAAUGUAGAAUUAUGUUUUUUCCUGAUUAUUUAAUAAACAAUAAAUAUAUAAAUGACGACAUAAAUUUCAAAGAGGCUGCCACAUGAUCUGCAAUUUUCCGAAUCUGCCAGUUUAAUCAUUGAACCGAAUUAAAAAACUCCUUCAUUGUUUAAAAUGUAUUUAGUAGCAAUAUUUCCUUUAAAGUAGGAAGGUGUAGUCAUAAAACAAAUAGAUGAAUAAUUUUGUCAGUUUCCAUGCAAUGAGUUGAAAUGUUUUAUAAGGUUUUAAAAAUGUUGUACUUGUACGUAUUGAUUCUUUUAAAUCUGUUUUACAAAUAAAGACUGGUUUCAUUUGUGUGUGUGCGUUUGCGUGUACGUGUGUGUAUGUGUUUAUAUGCCCGUUUUCGAAAACCCGGACGUACACUGACGAGAUAAGAAAUCGCAACAAACAUAUGCUUGAAUAUAUUUUGUACUACGAAAAGAACCACCUGGAAAUGUUCAACACAUUCGUAACUCUAUACCCAUUGUAUUUAUUCUGUGGUCUGUUGUGCUGAUUAAAUUUGAAAACAAUGGGUAUAGAGUAUCGAGAUGUGUAUGUACUGAACAUUUCAAGGUGAUGCUUUUUGUAGUACAAAAUAUAUUCAAGCAUAUGUGUGUUGCGUUUUCAUAUCUCGUCAGUGUAUUAUAUGAUGGCACAUGCCUUUCUCCAUCUGAAUUGAUGCAUAAUAUAUAAAUGCAAAAUCAUUCAAGGUGUUGACUUAAAUCUUGGCAUAUAUAGUGAUAAGACAAUGUACAGAGUGUGAUAAUCCACAUUCAUUUACUUCUCGAACUCCCCAUCUCCAAAACAAAGUCACUUUUAGUUUGUUGUGCUUUAGUAUCCGGUCACUGUUGCCGCAAAACUCCGCGCCACCUGGCCAACCCCAGCCACAUUACCCCCUGUCUACACCCCCUGCCACACACAAUUUUUCUUUAAAAUUUUACUUCCUCCUUCUCUGGUCUUAAACGUUAGGUGUAUUUUGCACAGAUUUGUGGAGCUUUGUCUUUUUCUUCUAUGUAUUUCUUCUGCAUAAGCAGGUAAUUGUAAGUUCUUCUUCAAACAAAUAUGUCGUGGGAAAAUUACUGAUAUCUCAUAAGUCAUGUAUACAAAACAUUUAGUAUUACAUUUGAGCUAUUAAUUUGAAAUACUGGUAAUUGACGUAAAGCAACGUGUACAAUGGAGGCGGAUCAGGUAAAGUUAAAACAUUAAUAGUUUAGAAAUACAGACAAAGAAAAUGUUACUCAAACGAGUUUAUGUAAACAAGUGUAAUAUUACAGUCAAAACAUGCAAUAAAGAUAAAAGUAAAUAAUGACAAAAACUACUCUCUUCUAUGUAUACAUAGUUGCGUUUCAUGGGGUAAUUACAACAGACUUGUUGGAACAGGCAAAAUAUAAGUGAGAGACAGUGCAACGAAACAAAGUCAUUAUAUUGUUUGAAAGAAAAAAUGCCUAAAUUUCUAAAUCGAAUUACUUUUGUUCUCGCAAUACAGGAACAUACUUUAAUGUAGAUAUGUUUUGAACAAGAAAAGUUUUCAAAUGUAAGAAAUAUGUUACUCAAUGCCUUUGUUUAAAAUGUGAUUGCCACAUUUUCUGUUAUGAACUUGUUAAAUCCUCUUUCAGAUAAUUGUUUUCCCUUUUUUUAGUCAAUGGUAUGAAUAUUGAUGAAUAAAGUAGAAAGAUUU